UUGUUAUUAAUUAAUGGGUAGAGGAACAUUUCAACUGUGUAUGUGCUGUGCUUACAAGGCAAAGAAUAGUUAAAGAUACAGGUGGGUGGUAGGAUCAGGUGGGAGAGGAUCUUUGCUACCAGAACUUAGGAACUGCCACGUGGAGAGAUCUAAGCCGUUGGUUUACUUGCUGGUACUCAAGUACACGUGCGACCAUCUUUGCUUUAGCUUCUUUUUAUCCUUGCUUUCAUGCAUGAAUUUCUCCAUCUUCCUCCAAAUAUACCCCCCCUCACAUAUAGUUUUAGUGAGAGAAACAGAUGGUCAGUGUGAGUGUAUCCCACUUCUUUCCUUUAUGUUUCCCUUUGCUUGUUCAUUGUCAUCAUUAGCAACAAACAAAGGUAACCGACCCAUCAUCUUUACCCUUUCUUUAACUUCCAAUUUCAACUAACUAUAUAGCUUCUUCUACUCUUUACCACCUUAAAGUUUGGUUCUUUGAGGUUCUUGAUCAAUAAAAAGAUGAAAUUUGAGAUGGGUAUUUUGUUUCUGUCAUCAAUCUUGAAUAUUUCUGAAUUCUCAUUCAAGAUUUCACCUUUAGAUCUUGUUUCUUGAUCUUUUAACUUCCAUUUUCAACUAACUAUUUAGCUUCUAGUUAAAACCACCUUAAAGUUUGGUUCUUGAAGGUUCUUGAUCAAGAAAAAGAUGAAAUUUGAGAUGGGUUUCUUGUUUUCAUCAUCAAUCUUGAAAAUUUCUGAAUUCCCACUAAAGAUUUCACCUUUAGAUCUUGUUUCUUGAUCUGGGUCUCUCUCAAUUUUACUUUGUUUUUGAAUCUUGAAUUCUUGGUUCUGAAUUACUGAUCUGAAUUGUUCGAAUUCGAUCGGAAUUUGAUGGAAGAAAGCGGUGAAGAAUCGAUGAAACACAUGUGUAAAUUCUGCAACAAGAGCUUUCCUUGUGGAAGAUCAUUAGGGGGUCACAUGAGGUCUCAUGUGAUCAGCUCCACUGAUCAUGGUCAGGUGAAAAACAAAAGUUGUUCAGGUGGUGUUGAUAAAGCUUGUAAAGAAUGUGGAAAAGGGUUUCAAUCUUGGAAGGCUUUGUUUGGGCAUAUGAAAUGUCACUCUAUGAAAGUUUCAAGCAACAAAAACAAGAAGGUUGCAAGUUUGCAUCAAGAGUCUUGGACUAGCCAUUCAGAUAAUGAGAAUUCAGAUGCCAAAAAUGGACCAAUAAAGAGAUCAAGACCGCGAUCGCCAUCGCGAUCAAGAUCUGGAAAAGGACUAAAGAAAAGGUACAUAGUUGGUUCUGGUAAAACUGCAAUUACAACACCUUCUUCUUCAGUCUCUAUGAAUGCUAAUUAUCAAAUUAGUAGUAAUAAUGCUUCAACAAGUAUGGUGUCCGAAAUCGAACAAGAACAAGAAGCAGAAGUUGCUAUGUCUUUGAUGAUGCUCUCUAGAGAUUUGGGAUCAAGAUGCUCAAAUUCCUCUGUUUUGGUAAAGUUGAGAAAAGUUGAGGGUAAAGGUUUGAUUAAAAAGGGUCCUAAGAUGAACAAAUUUGCAAAAACCGAAGUUGGUUUUGAUUUUCUUGGAAGAUCUGAGGUGGGAUUGAUGAAAUUCAACGAAUUCGAUUUGGGUUUUGGUGGAUUGAAAGACUCAAACAAGAGAAAGUUUGAGUGUGUCACAUGUAACAAGAGUUUUCAAUCUCAUCAAGCACUUUGUGGACACAAAGCAAGUCACCAAAAAGUACUCAAGAAAGAUUUUGAUUCAAAAAUCCAAAGCGAAAACAAAAUCGAACACAAACCCGUGUUAGAUCAUGAUCAAACAAACAACGGGUAUGAUUCAAGAACAUCUAAUGAUCAUCAAGAAUCAUCAAGUUUCAAUCUUGAUGUUGGUUCUUUGAAGAAAAAGCCAGUGGAGUUGAGAGCACAUGAGUGUCCAAUUUGCUUCAAGGUUUUUCCUUCAGGACAAGCUUUAGGGGGUCACAAAAGAUCACACAUGAUUUCUGAAGCUAAACCGAAUCAACAAAACAACACCAAUGUGAUCAAGAAACCCGAUGAGCUGGUUCGAGAGACUCGAGGGUUUCUUGAUCUCAACAUGCUUCCUGAAGAAGAGGAAGAGAUGAACAUGAGUAGUAGUAGCACAGAGUACAAGUCAUACUGUUGGGAAGAUAGUAGUGACCACCAUAGCCAUGAAUCAAGAAUACUAUGUUUGCUUUCAACAAUCUAAUAGUAGUACUAAAGAUUACUAGCUUCAUGAUUGUACAUGAUUCAUUAUCCUCUAAUACACACACAUACUCAUGUCCAAAAGUUUAAACACCAAAUUUCACAUAUAUAUAGAUAUAUUCAAUGAAUUAUGAUAUGCUCA